AUGUCAUCAACUCAUACGACUCCCAAAAAUGAAUGGGUGAUUGCUAUGCCAAAUAUUUCAGGUAUUGAUCCUAAAAGAUUGACAAGAGAACGAUUAUUAUUUGAAUUGAAAAAUGAAAUAUCAAUGUUAUCAACACCGCUAAAAGAGACGGAUAUUUCCGAAAAUCAAGAAAAUCAAAAUAUUAUAUG